AUGUGUAGGCGUUGUCCCCCUAUCAUUCUUGGCGGUCUUAUCCUAUCCUCGCAACGUCAGGGGAUUGCAUCCUCGGUUGCAGAGCCCUGGAUGUGUAGGGGUUGUCCCCCUAUCAUUCUUGGCGGUCUUACCUUAUCCUAUCCUCGCAACGUCAGGGGAUUGCCUCCUCGGUUGCAGAGCCCUGGAUGUGUAGGCGUUGUCCCCCUAUCAUUCUUGGCGGUCUUAUCCUAUCCUCGCAACGUCAGGGGAUUGCCUCCUCGGUUGCAGAGCCCUGGAUGUGUAGGCGUUGUCCCCCUAUCAUUCUUGGCGGUCUUUAUCCUAUCCUCGCAACGUCAGGGGAUUGCAUCCUCGGUUGCAGAGCCCUGGAUGUGUAGGGGUUGUCCCCCUAUCAUUCUUGGCGGUCUUACCUUAUCCUAUCCUCGCAACGUCAGGGGAUUGCCUCCUCGGUUGCAGAGCCCUGGAUGUGUAGGGGUUGUCCCCCUAUCAUUCUUGGCGGUCUUACCUUAUCCUAUCCUCGCAACGUCAGGGGAUUGCCUCCUCGGUUGCUGA